AGCAACCUCCAACGGUACACUUCUAACUCUUAUUGUAGUGCAAGAAGAAAUUAUCUAAACUACAGCUCACUGUUACUAUGUAUAACUGGCGUUUACUACUAUUUGCGUUUUUCGCGGUAUUCCAAACAAUCGCUUCUUUCGAAGAACGCAAUCUCGUUGAUGGCAGACAGCAGUGCUGUGACCAUCGUUUUUCGAGAGACACGGGAAGUCGCAAUGAAAACAGUCCCUUCAAGCUAUUAAGUAAAGAUCGUACCUUAAAAUUCCGUCAGAAUCUUCAAGAAGUUCGACGUGAUGACGUUCGCAAUGAACAACGUACUCCUUUAAAACAUUUCCCCACAGAUCAAUUUCGCAAUGCUCAAGAACAAAAUUUAAUUCGUGGAAAUCCAGACAUUCGAAUUCAUAGUUCACGAGCCACAUUUCGGGGCGAAAUAAGGGCGACCCGUAUUCGGGAUAUUAAACCAGAUUCUGAAAGAAACUUUGCUCGUGAAAACUUAUCUCGAAGCUCAAGAGGUCGAACAUCAGGUAAUGAUAUCAGACCUUCUGAAAAUUUAUUAAAAUACAGAGAACGUCAGAAUAACCAACGAGAGACUCGUCGUCGUAUGAUAAACGAUGUCUCUGAAAACCGCAGGAUUUUUACAGAAGUACGUCAGAGAGAUUUUAGAGGCACAAAUGAACACUACAUUGAAAGAUCUUAUUCGCCCUCCCAAAACGUUCGACGUAGCCUUCUUGAAAGGGGAAGCGAAAGGAACGCCAUAAGAGAAGUUUCUGUAACACGAGACAAUUCGAGAAAACAGCAUCUGCAAAGAUCUGCUCGUUCUCUCGAUAGAUUUACUAAAAAUAUUGAGGAACAAAUGCGAAUUUCCUCGGAAAGCUUUAGAGUAGCAGAUGAUGGACGUCAAAUUCGAUCACGAUAUCGAGAAGUUAGAAACGAACGGGAACGUACCGAAGUCAGACUUACCUCUCCAUUCCAUGAUAGGGAACACCUUUACAGAAAAUCUAUUGUAUUGCGUGAUAUUAGAGUAACAAAUGAAGUACGAAAUAAUGAUAGUGACGAGCGUCGCAUUGUUAGGGAUAAUGUUGAACGUAUUUCACCUCGGGUUAUAGUCGAAUUUAGACGCUUUGAUGUAAACGUGAGUCCGAUUCGGAACUCAAGGGAGCGAACUGAAAAUCGUGAAACUACCAAGGUCGUCUCCAGACUUAUUGAAGAUCGCCGAGAAAGAGUAAAUACCGCUAGAAGAAUCUUGAAUAUUCGACGUGAUAAUCGUCUUAAUGAAAUCAAACGAGAGAGAACAGUCAAUAACCGCGACAUAAAUAGGCGGGAAUCGAGGAACGAACGAUCAUCAGCAACUUUGCGUUCCGUCAGAAUUCCAUCACGACAUUUUGAGUAUGAGAGACGUACAGUGGCGCCCAAAAGAGAAAAUACCCGAACUUUCGAAGGAAUCAAACAACAAGAACGUAGAGAUGUAAAUGAAAGAGUUCGGUCAUCCGAACAAGAACAUUUCACCCAUGCAGCUCACAGCAGAAUUAUAUCAAUGUGGGCUAAUCGUAAGCAAGAAGCAGAAAGGAAAGUUGACAUUGAGAAGAGGGUCAGACAACGCGGAACUUCACAGUUGAAUCAGAUUUCCUCCCAAAAAACUGAUGCAAGGGAUGCUACUUAUUCUAAAGGAAGCAGAGAUGAUUACAGAGCAUCUGACUCACGCCGCUCGGUUGAAUAUCGUUUGAAAUCUGCCAGUGAGAGGAUGACACACGAAAUGAAAGAGGGAGAGAUUCAAAUCAUUGGCCUCAACUGGCAAUACCUGCUGUAUACUGUGCAAGCUAUCUACUUAUGUUCUGUUUUACUACCUAUGUUGAUGAACAAAGCUGGCACUAAAAAGAAGACAUUGACCUUUGACUGGGGAACUCCUUUGCAGAAACUCAUCAAGGUGGAUUGAAUGCAACGGUAAUUUGCAGUAAACAUUU